CAAAAUCAAACUCAACUACUUAUUUUCUUCCUUCAAAAUCAAAACCCAAACCCACACACACACAAACAUUCCCUUCCCAUCAUUCAUUCAAUUCCUAACAAUGUCAUCAUCACCAAUUGCCACCCCUUCUCUACCACCAACCACCGUCUCAUCACCACCCUACGACCGUGUGAAAGCCUUGAAAGAAUUCGACGAAACAAAAUCCGGCGUAAAAGGCAUAAUCGACUCCGGAAUCAAAACCAUUCCAUCUUUCUUCAUCCAUCCACCUGAAACCCUAUCUGACCUCACUCCACGAUCAGAUUUCCCCCAACCGAAAAUCCCCACAAUCGACCUCUCCGCCGUCCACCACUCCCGCGCCGCUGUGGUUGAACAACUUCGUUCCGCCGCGAGUACAGUUGGAUUCUUUCAAGUGAUCAACCAUGGAGUCGCGCCGGAAUUGAUGCGAAGUGUGAUCGGUGCUAUGAAGAAGUUUCAUGAACAGCCCGCGGAGGAGAGGAAGAAGGUGUACCGUAGGGAGAUGGGAAUUGGUGUUUCGUAUAUUUCGAACGUUCAUCUGUUCGCUUCUAAAGCUGCCAGCUGGCGUGACACACUCCAGAUUAGGAUGGGACCUGUCCCAACGGAAGAGAAGGAGAUUCCGGAGGUAUGCAGGAAGGAGGUGAUGGAGUGGGAUAAAGAAGUGGUGUGUGUGGGAGAUAUUUUGCUUGGUUUGUUGAGUGAAGGGUUAGGAUUAGGUGAAGAAAGGUUCACAGAAUUGGGUUUGUCUCAAGGGAGGGUGAUGGUUGGCAACUAUUACCCAUUUUGCCCUCAGCCUAAUCUUACUGUUGGACUCAAUUCCCAUGCAGAUCCAGGGGCAUUGACGGUAUUGUUGCAGGAUCAUAUUGGUGGCUUACAGGUUAGGACCCAACAUGGUUGGAUUGAUGUAAAACCCCUUGAUGGAGCUUUGGUCAUUAACAUUGGAGAUUUACUUCAGAUAAUUUCGAACGAAGAGUAUAAGAGUGCUGAUCAUCGUGUAUUAGCCAAUCCUUCUAACGAGCCACGAGUCUCAAUUGCUGUUUUCCUAAACCCGGGUAAUAGGGAGAAGCUCUUUGGUCCUUUACCAGAGCUAACAUCAGCAGAGAAGCCAUCUCUUUAUAGAGAUUUCAUGCUCAAAGAAUUCAUGACAAAGUUCUUUAAGAAAGAGCUUGAUGGUAAAUUAUUGACUAAUUUCUUCAGAAAGUGAUGUCAGUGGUUUCUGGUGGUGAAAUUUCAAUGUAAUAGUAACUUUGUAAGAUGACAAUUGUAGUGUGCAUUGUUGAAUAAAUGUGUUGUAUAUGGGGAACGAAUUCUCUUCCGUCACUGGAGAGUCCAGUGAAAUCCCAACCAUUGAUUUGACUGACCUGAGUUCAUUAAAGAGCAUAAAAGACUAAUUGAAUGGUCAUGAUUGAAACUGGACUUCCUCCUGUGUAGUAUUCUCUGGAGAGAAUCAUGUAUAUGUAUAUAAAUAGGAGCGCACGUGUUCUUCCAUAAGUUCACAAUAUUCUUAUACACCUCUAUUGUAAA